UAAAGCAGCUGAGACCCCAUUGGUGGUUGAAUCGAUAGUAACUCAAUCAUUCUUGUCCACAGAUGGAUCCAAAACAUAUCUAUUAAUUUCAUACUCGGUUAUGGUCUGAUUAAUUAAGUGUUAAUUUCUCUCUUUUCUGUGCAGUUUAUGAGAUUAUAUUCCUGCGUGUUUUGACAUUAAAAUUGCCAGACUAUAAAUUGGUGGUGCAAAGUCCGCAAUAAAGUGUGAAAAAGAAAAAGAAAAACUCGAAAGCAAGGGAAUUAGAGAUCAAGAAAGCUUGAAAGAGAGAGAGUGUGUGGGGUUUGGUGCAUGAGGAGAGGUGGAUUUUGUGGAUGUUUAUGUAUUUCUGAGUUUGGGAAUCGUUGAAAGACAGUGAAGAAAGCCUGCAAGAGAAUCCAACAUCCAAACAUGGUAAAGCUUAGGAAGCGACGAUCCGAAUAGAUUCACAAUCUUUUUCUCCUUUUCUCUCUCUGAUCUCUGCCUGCUAAGACUUUCUUUGCAGCAUCAAUGUAAUAACCCGUACUACAUGCCUACUUUUUCCCAAUUCCACCACAACUACCUCCGCUUGUAACCUCAGAAGAGAUAGAAAGAGAGUUGAAAAGAAGCUGGUGUCUUCAACAACAUGAGAAUUGAGGUGUUAAGUACUGGUUUGGCAUGACAGUUGCAUGGAAUGUGGGGAAUUUAAGCCAAAGAUUUUCUGUCUGCAUAGCUUGAGAAUCCACUUCCAAUCUUUGAAGUGCCAACAAAAUUUAAAAAAGGGAAAGUCAGGCAGACCAUAUCUCAAGCUGCUUUUAACUUCUCUUGUUUUUCAUGGAGAGGAAGAGAUACAGAAAACUGAAUCUCAGCCACAAAUCUCACUUCCUUUACUGUUUCUCCCUCUUCUUUUUCUCAGUUUGCGCACUGCUUAGCAUCAUCAGCACUGUCACCACAUGUCAACAAGAUAUCAGGUAUCGAUAUUCUGGUCAAGUUGCAGAUGGUAUCUGUUUUCAGGAAAAUACGGAGAGGAGUAAAAAUGAAAAGAGAAUGGGGUCGUCUAUACCUGUUGACAUCCAAGGACUCCCUUCAAGCUUGGCCAGGAGAUUUUUGAGUGGACCAGGGUCAUCACCUCCGCGGUGCACGUCAAAGUGCGGCAAUUGCACGCCGUGCAAGCCUGUUCACGUGCCGGUGCCGCCCGGAACACCGGUGACUGCGGAGUAUUAUCCAGAAGCAUGGAGGUGCAAAUGUGGCAACAAGUUGUACAUGCCAUGAUGCUUUUAAUUUUGUUUGGUCACACAAAUGUGUAGUGCAUGUGAUGAUGGAGGACAAUGAAGAGACCAUUGCUGGUUUUUACCGUGAUGAAAAUGUGACUUAAACCAAUAUAGGGUUUUUUUCUUACUUUAUAGUAUCUAAGCAGCUGUGGCACAUAUUAUGAGUAUGUGUUAAUUAACAGACUCAGACCAGCACUAUGAAAAAUCGCGUCAUAACCU